UAUUUCUAAUUGUAAAAUGCGUAUAAGGAAAACUUUAGCAUUUUUUGUUUAGUUCAAGUGUUUUAAAAAAUAAAUGAGCCGGGUAGCGCUAAACAAACCUUAUAUGGUAGAAACGUCAUGGCGAAAACGAUCUGUGGUGCCAGUAAAUGACAGCUCGGAUGGUUCGUCGGAAGAAGACGUGACGUCACCGAAGAACAAACGUAGCUUAAGAGAUAAAUCCAAUUCUUCGACCAGCAGUUUUGAACAGGAAUCUCAAGGCAGUUUUAGUGGCGGGCAUAACUUUUUCGAAAAUGUUUCACAAAUUGUGGGCAAAUUACGAACCUCAAGCUCUAGCUUUAAUCGUAAAAGAAAAAGCUCGAAAAGCCGCAGGCCAAAGGCAGAGGUUGUUUUUCAGUCCCCGAUAAAAGUUCAAAAGAAGAUUUCUGUGUUUAAAGAAGAAGUAUAUGAUCUGGGUUUUCGCGCCAGAGCCGAAACUUUAAGCACGGGGGUGUCGGAAUUUAGAAGAUCCAAAGCGCAAGUGCCGUUUACCAUUCAGCUGCCCAAUGAAAAAAAACAUGAGAAAGUUCCAAAAGUGUCCAAGAGCAGUAUCAUAAAAGCUGGUUGGACUGUGAGAAGAGCACUUGCUGUAUUGUCCCCACCAGCCACAUGUAAUUCAUUCUACCUUGAGACUGUAGCUAAAGGUCAUAUUCUAGAGGUGAAAGUUCUAUUCGACUUGUUUUCUCGCAAAAGUUUGAAAGAUUUCGAACGAGAUGUAGUUGAUCAAAAUGAGAGGUCUGCCCUUAGGAUUGCUGUUGAAAAUAAAGAUACAAAUAUGUGCGAAUUAUUGUUGAAAAACAAGGUUGAUUUAGGGGAUUGCUUGUUUCAUGCAAUUCGAAUUGGUUUUCUACCAGUUGUUGAAACUAUACUAGAGUACAAGCCAUCUGUAGAUGCAUGUAUUUCUGAAUUAAAUCCAUAUUUUAGUCCGGGUACAACACCCAUGGUGUUAGCAGCGUGCUCCAAUGAUUAUGAAAUCAUGAAAUUACUUUUUAAAUGUGGUCACAAAGCAUUAGAAAGUUCACAAGUGGAAGGAAAAUAUUACAUGAAAAUGUCUUCUGUUAAAAUAAAUCACCAAAUCUUUCAAGGGAUGUCAAGUCCUGCUUAUAUCACUCUAAUAUGCGAGUUGAAAAAAUAUGACCCAAUGGAGUAUUGCAUUGAGCAUAUUAAAGACUUACGUAAACAAUCAGACAAGAGUUACGAGUGCAUGGAUUUUUAUAAAAAGUUGGAGGAUAAAACCGAAGAAUAUAUGUGCAGUCUGUUAGAUCAGAUACGAAAUUCGGAUGAACUGGCCAAACUUAUGAGAUAUAAUUAUGAUGAGUUGAUUGCUAUCAAGGAUCAGAAUGAAAGUUUGUCAGAGUUAUCAAACAAGAUUGAACUGCUGGACACUGCAGUAAAAAAUCGACUUGUUAAAGUUGUGAAUCAUCAUUAUUCGCAGUUGAGUCUAGUAUACCUUAAGAACCAACACAGCAGUUUUCAGACAGAUUCAAGAUUGAAAUUGUUGAUCAGGAGAUCUUUACUUGCCAUCACAUUUCCAAUUCUUUGUUUGUUUUACUUAUUUGCACCCAACACCAGAAUUGGCAAGCUUAUGAUGUCUCCUCUGGUGUUGUUUGAUUGUCACAUGGCAUCUGAUAUAAUGUUCAUUGGGAUUAUUUUCUUAAACACUGUUACUAAAACCGUACAAUCAAACUACUUAGGGUCGCCACCAACGGUUUUGGAAUGGAUUGCUCUGUCUUGGAUAAUUGGAAAGUGGGCUCAGGAGAUUGAGGAAUGCUUAAACAGAGGUUGGAGAUGUUACUUAGGUGAUGGAUGGAAUCAUACAGAUCUACUUGCACUUAUUCUGCUCACAGUCGCCAUAAUCUUCCGGUAUGCGGAUUGCGCAAGACACAGUUUUUUUAUACAUUCUCAUCGAAACAACACUCUCCUUUCGAAUGAUCCUUUUGAACCAAGAAAGGUUGCCGACGCCUUGCUUGCUCUGGCAUAUGUAUUUGUGUUUUUGAAGCUGUUAAGUUUAUCAAGGGCCAGCAGAACACUGGGGCCGCUGCAAGUCACUUUGGCUCGCAUGAUGGCUGACGUUUCUCACUUUCUUUUCAUUUUCUUUCUUGUUAUUUUCGCAUUUGCCCUUGGUCUUAACGAGCUGUAUUGGGUUUACGGAACAGAAGAAGGAAAAAAGUCACUCUGUUCGUUUGUGGGAAACAAUACGAUGUCUGAGUCUUGUUUGAAAUCGGCAGGUCUGUUCUCUAACAUGUGGACGUCGCUGCAAACCUUGUUUUGGUCGCUCUUCGGUCAGUUCAACAUAGACGAUCUAACCCUACCUUUUCAAAAUAGCUUUACUGAAACCGUUGGUCGAACCCUCAUCGCUGUUUACCACGCUGUUGCUAUAAUAGUGAUCCUAAACAUGCUGAUUGCUAUGAUGUCAAGGUCGUAUGAGAUAACCAGCGAGAACGAGGAACGUGAAUGGAAGUUUCAUCGAACAGAGAUGUGGAUUCGCUUCAUAAGACGGGAAGCAAGUCGCCCCCCACCUAUGAACUUAAUCCCAAACCCUUGGGGUGUUUAUAAAGCUGCUCGUCAGGUAUUGAGAAAAUGUCUUUCAAAAUGUCCCUGUUCAAUGCUUCGUGAUUGCCUUAGCGACACGGAAGCAGCAUUGAACGAGAAGACAACCGAAGAAGGUUGGAAGGAGAUCAAAUGUAAACUGAUCAAGACGAAACUUAUCAAGCGAUACAAGUUCAAUGUUCUACUGGCUGAUAACACACGUUCGUUUUAAAUUCAACUUUAGAACAUCUUUAUAAUAAGUUCACUCAUUUAAAAAAAAUCUUUUUUGUUUAAUGGUGUAUUCUGUUUAAGCGGACAUAAACACUAACGAUGUAAGAGUCUCUGAUGGUGUUCUUUUAUACCUGUAAGUGCCGAACCAGCUCAAUAAAUAAAACGAGUCUCGAG